AUGAAAGGGGGGCUAAAGACUGAGAUAGCCCUCCCGCCGCGCGCCCGCUGUGCGUCCCUCAUUGGCCCAGAGAGUGCCUGCGUUCUAGCCCAGUCCUCCCCAUUUGCAGACCGGAGACAGAGGUUUAGAGGGGAGAGAACUUGUUCAAGAUCACGUGAGACUGGAACCACGUUCUCCUUCUGUGGGCACGUCUCCCCAGUCCCAGGCAACCUGACUCGGGAGGGGCUCGGCGGAGACUGGGGGAGCCCGAGCUGGUGGGCCUGGGGGUCUCUGCGGCUCCCAUCCUGGGUGGCGGUUGGCAAUGGGGUUUUACGGGGUGGGAGGAGGCGCAGGGGGCUGGGUUUGGGCAGGGAGGGGGAGUUUUGGCUCUUCUGGCCCAUCCACUCCCCUGAGGGUGAUCUGGGCAGGCCGUUUGACCCCUCUGGGCUGGGUCUGGCCAUUGAGAAGACGAGGGAGCUGGACUGUGUCUGGUGCAGACAGUCUGGUUCCCCCGGCAGUCCUUCUCUCUUCGGUAUAAACUCACACCCCUCAUCCUGGGCUAUUUUGCCAUUUCCUUUCCUGCUAAACCAAGGUCUAUUUUGGAAACUCCUAUAA